AUGUCUGUCGUCCUGCCCGAGCCCUUUGCCAGCAUCCCGAGGGAGAGCUUUCUCUUCGGGCACUCGCCGAUCCAGCCCCUCCCCCGCAUCUCCCAGGCCCUCGGCGGCAAGGUCAACGUCUACGCCAAACGCGAGGACUGCAAUUCGGGCCUCGCAUACGGCGGCAACAAGACCCGCAAGCUCGAAUAUCUCGCCUCCGAGGCGCUCGCGCAAGGCUGCGACACGCUCGUCAGCAUUGGCGGCGUGCAGUCGAACCACACGCGGCAGGUGACGGCCGUCGCGACCAAGCUCGGCCUCCGGGCGGCGCUCGUGCAGGAGCACUGGGUCGACUGGGAGGACCCGGGCUACGAAAAGGUCGGCAACCUGCAGCUGUCGCGCCUCAUGGGCGCCGACGUGCGCCUCGACCCGUCGACGUUUGGCAUUGAGCACAAGGACACGCUGGCGCGGCUCAAGGCGGAGCUCGCCGACGCCGGGCGCAGGCCGUACUACAUCCCCGCCGGCGCGUCGGACCACCCGCUCGGCGGCCUCGGGUUCGCGCGCUGGGCCUACGAGGUCGAGGCGCAGGAGAAGGAGCUCGGCGUCUUCUUCGACACGGUCAUUGUCUGCGCCGUCACGGGGUCGACCAUGGCCGGCAUGGUGGCCGGCUUCAAGCUCGCGCAGAAGAACGGGUCGCCCGAGCGCAAGGUCAUUGGCAUUGAUGCCUCGGCCAAGGUGCAGCAGACCUUUGACCAGGUGCUGCGCAUCGCCAAGGCGACGGGCGUCAAGAUUGGUCUCGCGGAGGGCGACAUCACAGAGGCCGACAUUAUCCUGGAUGACAGGUAUCAUGCUGGCGUCUACGGCAUCCCCGACCAGACGACCAUUGACGCCAUGAAGUUUGGCGCCAGCACUGAGGGCUUCAUUACGGAUCCCGUGUACGAGGGCAAGAGCUUGGCCGGUAUGAUGGACAUUAUUCGCAAGGGUGAGCUCGCCGAGGGCAGCAACGUUUUGUAUGCCCAUCUGGGAGGCCAGCUGGCCCUCAACGCGUACUCGAGUCUUUGA